UCAUACUUGAUAAGCAGAGGUUGUGGCGGAUUCCGGAAAAAGAAAUAUUUUUUUCCAGAUAGAUCUAUUUUGCCUUUAAAUCGUGUAAUACUGAUUUCUUUUAAAAGGAAAUAGAUAUAUAUUCUGAUGCCUCUUCCAAAGUCUAUCUCUAGAUCUAAAAUAUUCGAUAUACUUUGCUCUGAAAAUUGAAUGUGUUCACAGUAGUUCUCACUAAUGUUAUUAAAAUGGUGAUGUCAGAUCCGGAUUAUAGGAAAAGGCUUGCAGCACUUGAGGAGCGCUUGUAUAACUCUAACUCAGCAAUCAAUGUAGAUGGAUUACUGGAUGGCAUUACUGCUCUGGUUUCUGAUCUCGAUCAUCCUGCAAUUAAACGUAUGAAAAAUGUGGAACAUUUUUUACAUAGAUAUGGUGAUCAUGUAGAGUUAAUAAAAAAUGCUCGGAUGAAACCUUCUGACUUUGAGAUAGUCAAAGUGAUUGGUCGAGGAGCUUUUGGUGAAGUACAGUUGGUGCGGCACAAAUCAACAAGAUCUGUGUUUGCCAUGAAACUGCUGAGUAAAUAUGAAAUGAUCAAGAGAUCUGAUUCAGCUUAUUACUGGGAGGAGAGAGAAAUUAUGGCAAAUGCUAACAGUGAAUGGAUAGUGCAGUUACAUUUUGCAUUUCAAAAUCAUAAGUACUUGUACAUGGUUAUGGACUAUAUGCCAGGUGGAGACCUGGUCAACUUGAUGAGUAAUUAUGAUGUGCCUGAAAAGUGGGCUAAAUUUUAUUGUGCUGAAGUUGUACUGGCCUUAGAUGCUAUUCAUUCAAUGGGCUUUGUACACAGAGAUGUUAAACCUGACAAUAUGUUAUUGGAUGCGAAUGGCCACCUCAAGCUGACUGACUUUGGAACAUGUAUGAGGAUGGAUAAAGAUGGCCUUGUUCAUUCAGAUACUGCUGUUGGAACACCUGAUUACAUUUCUCCUGAAGUAUUAAAGUCUCAAGGUGGUGAAGGCUGCUACGGCAGAGAGUGUGAUUGGUGGUCAGUUGGUGUUUUCCUCUAUGAAAUGCUUGUUGGUGAUACACCUUUCUAUGCUGACUCACUUGUUGGAACCUACGGUAAAAUUAUGGACCACAAACGCUCAUUAAAUUUUCCAACUGAUGUAGAAAUGUCUGACAGAGCCAAAAGUCUUAUUUGUGCCUUUCUCACUGACAGAACUGAAAGAUUGGGUAGAAAUGGAGUUAAUGAAAUUAAAAAGCAUCCAUUUUUUAAGAAUGACUCUUGGACUUGGGAAAAUAUUCGUCAAACCGUGCCACCAGUUGUUCCAGAGCUAAAUAGUGAUGUGGACACAAGUAAUUUUGAUGAAAUUGAGAAAGAUGAUGCACCUGAAGAGACAUUUCAAACUCCCAAAGCAUUUGCUGGGAAUCACUUGCCUUUUAUUGGAUUCACUUACAGCAAGAGCUGGAGUCAGCCAAGCAAAACAAGAGCCUCGUCUGCAUCAGCUGUUGAAACGUCCAGUGAUGGCAAUUUAAAAAUUUUAGAAGAAAAACUAGAAAUGGAAAAAGCCAACAAAUAUGAAGUGGAGAAAAAAUAUAAACAAGCAAUGGAAGAUAUCAAUCACUUAAGUCAAGAGGAAGCCAACAUCAAGAGAGAGUACAUGGAACUGGAAAGAAAUAUAGCUCUCAUUAAACACGAGUUAAAAGAGAGCCAAAGAAAGUUAGAGGCUGAAUCAGAUAACAAAAGAAAGAUUGAAUUUGAACUCAAAGCCAAAGAGAAACAGUUGGAAGAUGAGAUAAAAGCUAGAUUAACUAUCUCUAAAAAUUCUGAUGAUUCCACUGAAAGAUUGAACAGUCUAGAACGAACAAUAGGAGAUUUGAAUGAGAGGCUAAGACAAGAGCUGGAUGGGUCCAACAAAAUCAAGAAGCUUCAUUCAGAUCUCCAGAUCAGGUAUUUCUCACUAGAGCAGAACUUCAAUGACCUGAAUAGCAAGUGUCUUGAGCUUCAAACUUUACGCCAAGCUCUACAGAAUGACAUAUUUCACCUUCAGACAGCUCUGGAUACUGAAAGAAACAAUAGGUCACAGGAUGUGCAGAAAGUUCAAGAAUUAUCAGAACUAAUCCAGUGUUUACAAGAGGAGAAGUUGAAGUCAUCAGAACGGGAGAAAAAAUAUAGUCAAGAUCUUCAAAAGAUGCAACAAGAUAUUUUCCAGCUAGAAAAGAAAAUAGCUAGUGUUGAAUUGGAUAGGGACAAUUUUCAAAGAAAAUGGGAGACAGAAAAACAAACACUAGAAGACUUUAUCGCAAGAGAUAAAGAUAACAAUUUCCUUAAUUCACCCAUUCAAGCAAAUCAGGAUCUUAUCAAAGAACUCCAGGUGAAAUUAGAUCAAGAGAAAUCUCAACGUUCUGUUUUGGAUACAAAAUUGUUGGAGGCAGAGAAGAAAAACAGUGAACUUUCUGUAGAUUUAACACAGUUGCGACAGAAGGUUUAUUCUCUGCAAACUGAACUCAAAACAGAAACAGAUAAGUGCAAUAAUUUAAAUCUUCAAGUUGAACAAGAAGUACAAAGAAGAAAUCUAAUGCAGGGAGACUUUAAAAACCAGUCUCAUGAUCUGCAGAAAGCUAAGACAAGGGAAAAACAAUUAACUAAGGAAAUUCAAGAUUUAAAAGAAGAGAAAAAGAAUUUAGAUUCAGAAAUAACGAAAUUAAAAGAGGAAAUAAAACUUCAUGAGUUUCAGAAUAACGAGUUAAAAGAACAGCUAGAGGCAGAGUCUUACUUUGCUUCCUUGUACAAGAAUCAAUUAAAAAAUUUAAAAGAGGAGGCAGAAACAAAAGAUAAACAGAUCAAAGAAUUGACUUCUGAUGUUCAAAAUAUAGCCCAGGAAAAAGAUUCUAUAGGUGCUCAACUUCAGUUGGCCCUGGCAAAGGCUGACAGUGAACAGUUAGCUCGGCAGAUUGCUGAAGAACAGUUAUCUGAUGUAGAAAAAGAGAAAACGAUGCUGGAACUUGAAAUUAAAGAACUCAUGUCUAGACAUAAAAAUGACUUAAAUAAGAAGGAAUCCAUUAUAACUUCAUUUGAAGACAACAAACACUCCUACAUCAGGGAAAUAGAAAACCUCCAGCAAGAGAAAGAUGCUCUCAAUAACAAAAUUAAAGAACUCUCUGAAGAUAAUCAGAAAACAAAAAACUCUGACAUAGAUAAAUUAAAGAAGUUGUUGGAGGAUGAGAAACUGAAAAAAAUUCAGGCUGUAAACAAACUUGCUGAAAUUAUGAACAGGAAAGAUUUGAAUCCAACAAAAGGAAAAAGUAGUAAAGCAGAAUCUGAGAUUAAAAGGCGGGAUAAAGAAAAGAGAAAGUUAGAACAAGAGCUUGCAAUGGAGAAGGAAAAGUAUAACAAGAUGGUAGAGAAGAUGCAGAGAGACAUAAUGGAGGCCCAGCAGUCUGUGAUUGAGGAGACACAAGCAAGGCAGAAGCUACAGAUGGAAAUUGAUGCUAAAGAUUCAGAGUUGGAGCAGCUUCGUCAGAAGUUGAGCUUUAACAAUGCAGAUAACAUCUCAGUGCACAGCGGUAACCAUGACGAGAGUAUUACAAUCUCUGAUGAUUCAGGAGUUUCUUCAGACUCCCACUUAGAAGGCUGGCUGGCAAUACCUCAAAAAGCAAGUAAAAAGCAUUUCACUUGGAAGAAGCAAUAUGUAGUUGUGAGCAGUAGGAAAGUGUUAUUUUUCAAUUCUGAGAAUGAUAAACAAAACACUGAUCCAAUUAUGGUAUUAGAUAUAGAUAAAUUGUUCCAUGUGCGACCAGUCACGCAAGGAGAUGUGUAUCGUGCAGAAGCCAAAGAUAUUCCUAGGAUAUUUCAAAUACUCUAUGCCAGUGAAGGUGAGAAAUGCAAACUAGAUGAUGCAACCUUAGAACCAUCACCAUUUUCAGAUCGAGUGGGAGUGAUAUCAUACAAGGGACACGACUUUAUAACACUUACCUACCGGACCCCAACUUCCUGUGAUUCAUGUCAUAAACCUGUUUCCAACUUACUUCAUCCACCUCCAGCUUUGGAAUGCAAACGUUGUCAUAUCAAGGUACACAAAGAACACUAUGACAAAAAUGAAGAGUUUAUUGCUUAUUGUAAAGUCAACUAUGACUCGAGUAUUCAAGCUAAAGAGAUGCUACUUCUUGCUGAGUCAACAGAGAAACAGAAAAACUGGGUGCAACACCUGAGUAAAAAAGUCUCAAAACAAGGAAUUGUUAGUACUGGAAAUCUUAGUAAUCCAAGGGGUACAAAGCAGUAUGCAUCUAUGGGACCUCAACUGAGAGGACAGCAAGCUGGCAAGUCAGCAACUCUCCCCCCACCCAAUUCCAGGAACUCGUAGGCAUUGUGAUAUAGCAGUUUUGUAGCCAAUAAAAUGUAAAGUUAAUCAUAGAACGUCAAGACCUAGAGAAAAUACUGUAAUAUUUUUUCUGGCUAGAAAUAUGAUCAAGUUGUUACUUCAUGAAGCAGUCUAAACAGCAUUGUGAACAGUUGACUGUGCUUUAUUUCUUGUCAUUUGGUUUUUAGUCUUAUAAGAAAUACAAUUGUACAUUUACACAAAUGUUCUCUCUUGAGUCAUGCUGGACUUCCGUUUGAAAGGCAUUGUACAUUAGUUCAUUUGGUGUUUGUUUUGACUCAAAACAUUUUGUUCACAUUAAUGCAAGUAUCUCCAACAAACAGAAUAUGUAGUCCUUAUUAAAUCAAUGUGAAUGAAUUAGAUGCAUUAAACAAUGAGUGUAGUCCUUCUCCAACUCUUUCACAAUUUCUGUUGGUCUCUUGUUACAUAUUCAAUUUUGAUUGUUAUUUAAGACAUUAAAGAGCUCAGCUAAGGGAAACAAUUGUGCAUGUUUUAUAUACUCUGACUUCAUUGUGGCCUUAGAAUUUUGUACAAAUUAUGUAUUAUUUUUAUUAUUUGUGUAUGCAUCUAUUAAGAGCAGUCUUCAAUCUAUCGUUUAUUUAGUGUUGUUUUUUUAUGUUGGCUAAUAUAUAACUAUGUAAACAAAAACUUUCUGGCUUUAUGUGACUUGUACAUUUUGAGCAUUCCACUGUAACCUGACUGUAUCUGUUCUCCUAAUUCUAGGACUCAUUUCUUGAAGUUAAAUCCCCUGAGCAUUUUUUAAAGAUCUUUCUCCUAGAUAGUGCUUCCAUUUCAACUCUAGACAUUUUAUAUAAUUUUUUUUAUUUUAGCAUUAGUAAUGAGAGUACUUUUGUUCCAGUCAGCUAUGCAUUCAUAAUGACAAUAGUUUUUGUGGCCAAGAUAUAAACUAUCUGCCACUUUGUACAGUGUCUAGAGCUGCACUGGUGGGUGUGUUACAUAGCCUGUGUAUCUUGUUAGCUAGCCAGUAUCUAGAGAUAUUUAUACACUUAAGUUAUAAACCUAUUUAUUUGUAUCUUUAUAUUGAUAUCUUGCUGCUGUUUGUAAUUUAUUGUACACUGCAAUGUGUUGUAUAAAAGCAAGAUUCAAGUUAAGUCAAUGUGUACAUUUGGUCUGCUUGUACUGGUGUGUACAUAGAUGUAUAUAUGGAGAAAGAAAGUUGGCUGGUCUAAAGAUAAUGUUCUGUUCCAGAGGUUCAAACUUAAAACAUGUCUUUGCAAAUGUUUAUAUUCAGUCUACACAUCUCUUGAAAUUUUAUUUUUGUCUGUCCUUUAGAUGUGUGAAUAUUGUGAUUUUCUUGGUUUCUUAAUAUCAUUCUUACCAGUCUUUUUAUUUGACAAUUUUGUCUUUCUAAGCUGCUGUAUAAAACCAAAUGUGUUGAUAUAGAUUUGUGAGAUAUUGACAAAUGUACUUACCUUUUCUAGACAUAUCCUUUUCCCUUAUUACACUAUCUAUAAAUAGAGCCUUUUUCUUACUUACUGUUCAUCUUUUUUUUUUUUUUUGGGUAUUGGUAUUGGACCACAUUGUGAUAAUCAGGUUAUUUUAUUAGACAUUGUUUGGUCUUUAAUAUAUACAGACUCCAUGAACAGGGUUGGUAUUAGUACUACGGUACUGCAGUGAGGUGACAUUUACAUUGAUAUUUCUUUCAUUGGACUGUCUGUCUUUUAGGAUUUAUCUUAUGAUUAUUUGUUAUACAUUCUAACUUAAUCAUCUUGGAAAGGGAAAUAAGUUUUGAUUUGUUAUCACCUCAGAAGUUAGUGUUUUUUAUCUUUCUGUAAACAUUGUACUCUAAUUUAUUCAGAUAUGGAAAGUGUUUAAUACUUGAGUUAGUGUAAAUCAACAUGAGCAUAUUCAUACUUGUGGUAUUGUAGUUGCAUUGUCCUACUGUACUAGCACCUUUCUUUUUUCUUUAGGAUUGGAUAAGGUUCAUUGUAAAACACUUUUAGAAACUGCUGCUGAAGUACUAGAGUAUCCUUUUUCUAUUAAUGGGAUUUUUUUUCUGCCUUCUCAAUGUUUUAUAAUAAAGACAGACACAAAAUAUUCAUGGAAAAUUCCAAUAUUAACUGGAUAAAGAAAAGCAGAAUACCAGUCCAGCUAUUCAAUUUAAAAGGUUGUGAUUUUGUUUUCUGUUUCUUUUGUCUAGGCUCACUCUUGAGGCUUUCUUCUAUUUAUCUUGCUAUACAGCUCUAACAUCUGGAAAGAGAAUUCUAUUCUUUUUUUUUUGUUUUUAACUAAAUAGUCCUAAUAGUUGUACUCCAAUGAUAGGUCCAGUGAAAUUCAAUUGACUAUUUCUCACCACAAAAUAAACAAAAUUCUGCCAGGAUUAGCUGGUGGUGGUGUUUGUUUUAAGUAGUGUUGACCUGCAGACAUGGUGCCUACUUUGAAGUGGUAAGAUAAAACAGGGAGCCACAUUUCUAUCUAGUUCAAUGAACCUUCAUGUGUAUGUGGGUGUGUCAGGAGGCUGGGCCUUGUGUGUGCUGAAGCUAUGUAAGGUCUGUUGGAAUUGUCUGGUGCUAAACUUGUAAAUUAAAAUGAUUUUAUAAUUGACUUGAAGGGAUGACAGGGGAACAUGCUCCACAUCAUUAUACUGGAUGAAUGUUUGUCUGAAAUAGCAGUUAUGGUCUUCCCCCCCCCCCCCCCUUCCAAUACAAUACUAUUAGCAAGCUGCCAUGAGAAGACAAAGCAAUACCAUGUUCAUAGUUUUUUAAACAUCACAUCAAAAGUUGUCAGAAGUGGUGGUACAAAAAUCAACAGUUACAUUUUAGUUUUAAAAAAAAUGUUAAAGAAUUAUGUGAUUUGCUUAAAAAAAUGUUAAAGAAUUAUGUGAUUUGCUUAAGAUUCAUAUUGGUGGAAAUUUCUGCUUUUGAAUUGUUUAUUAGAAAGUGAUGCAUAUAUUUAGUAACUUACCUAGUAUAUAUAUAUACAAUUUAAUUCACUAAAAAGACUACAGUACUAUGACUAAUCUGUAUCUUAAGUUUUCUGAUCUGCUUAUGCUUACAGCUACAUAUCUUGUACUUGUAGGUACAUCUUUCUUUUUUAGAGCUGACCAUACAGUUGAGUGGUGAUAUAGCAGUUUUAGUCAGAGUCACUUAUAAUUUUGAGAAAAAAAAAAAAUUUUGGAAUGAAAAAACAUUGUUCUUCAUUUUCUGACUUGUCCAAUUAAUCCCCCCCCCCCCCUCCCAACCAUUGUUGAUGUAACUUUCAUUCUGUCACUAAAUCUUUUUUUUUUUCGUUUUUUUCAAACAACACAAUUGACAUGAUUCUAACUUGUGUGUGUGUGUGUGUAUCAAGUAGUCAACCAAACUAAAUAGUAGAUGACUUGUGUGUGAGACUUCCAACUAACCAGAUAUCUGAUGAGAAUAGUAUCAAAUGUUCUUCUCCCAAUCUAGUGUGGGUAAGAACAGUGUGUGUGUCAAAAGAAAAAUAAAAGUUGUGUUGAUUUUCAAUGUCAAUGUGAUAAUACCACUUUGUAUGUCAAGUUUUCUUUGAAAGAAUGAAUUUAAAACAAUAAACAUGUACAUAUUGAUUAAAAUGGAUGUAUAUGUAUUUUGGUUAAGCCAAAUGGGUGACGCAUGGACUGAUGACACUGAAUUCGACAUGGUAGACUGACUUGUCUCCUGGCCACUUUGCUUGUGUUCAUGUACAAAAUGUUGUUUUUUUUGGUAGUUUGUUUCCAUCAUUGGUUGCCACUUUGGCUAUAUGUGUAGAUUUCUUUUGAACACUGCAAAUCCACUAUUGACUUCCGUGAUGACAAUUAUAAUUGAAAUUUCAGAAAGAAGAACAGUACAAGCCAAACUUUGGACAGGCAGUCUGUUGUCGAGCACUAAAUCACAGUCUAGGUCUAUAUUAUAGUAUUCUUAGCAUUGUAUGCAAACCAGUAAUACAUCAAUCAAUCAGUCACUAUAUCAGUUACAUUUUUCCGAGUCCUGUCCAUAAUUUAUACCACAGCAGAUGUCUUUAUUGUUCAUGUAAAUUUAUACAUUCAUUGGUCCUAAUCCCUGGGUUCUCAAAAUGCAAGGGUAGUUUAAUGUCAAAGGGCAGACAUAGAUUGGGACCCCAUCAUUUUUAAUGAAAGAAGGGAAGGUGGUAAUGGUACCAAAAGACAUUUAUCUUAUGACACCUUUGUUAGCUCAUUUUAUGGUUAGUAUCAGAAGAUUGGUCUAUAAAGUUCAGACUACCGGUACUGUUAAAGAAUCUGAUUUUGAACAGCAAGUUUUGUACUGUUUGACAUAAGUCAUACAUCUAGUUCACACAGCUUAUUUGGACAUGGCUAACCUUUUAUUGAUGUAUUCCUUGCCCUAUGUGGGAAGCAUGUUCAAAGUGGCAUUCCUAUGGUCCCUCCCCUAGUGUUGUUAAUGUCAUUUGUUUUUUCGCAUGACAUUUAUUCCAUGAAUAAAUUUUUUUCCAUGUUUGCAA